AUGUCUCGUUACAAAUUGGAAUACUCCAACAAACCCCUUCAUUUGAAUGUUGGAGGAACAGUGUUAACUGUCUCUUUAGGCCACUUUCUCCAUAAUGAAAGAGAACCUGAUAAUCUAUUCGAGAAAAUGUUCACAGGAGAACAUCCAUUGUAUGAAACACCAAGUAUUGAAUUCACAGAUAAGGUCUUUUUUGUGGAUUGUGAAUUGGAUGUUUUCAAAGAAAUCUAUAAUUGGUUAAAAUAUGGAACUCUUGGCGAAAGUAAAACCAAUGAAACUCUUCGAAUCAAUCUCAAGAAUCAAGCAAAGACAUUUCAUCUCUCUCGUUUGGUGAAUGAAUUAGAAAAGUGUGAAGAAGAAUAUGGUUUCUCAUAUUUAAGCACACCAACAACAAACAUGAAACGAAAAAUUGCAAAAACUGACUUUAUGAAUUUGCUCAAUCUUUCAAGAUCUCAAAAAACCACAUUUAAAUUAUCUGGAAUGGAUUUGAGAAAUGUAUUUCCAUUGGAACAUUUGGAUUUGAGUCAAUGUGAAAUUAUUUCCUCUAACUUGAGCAAAAUGAAUUUGAAAGAUGUUAAAUUCAGCCAUAGUAUUUUGAAUGGAUGUGAUUUUUCAGGAUGUCAUUUGACGAAUGUGGAUUUUUCAAAUUGUGACUUGAAAGAUUCUAAUUUCUGUGGUGCUAAUUUGAAUUCGACUAAUUUCACAAAUUCGAAUCUGGAAGGAGUGAAGUUAGUAGAUUUUUCAUUUACUGACAUCAAUUUUUCAAAUUGUGACUUGAGAGAAAGUGAAUUAACUGGUUGCACUUUUAAUAGAUGUGCCUUUCAAUUAACCAAGCUCAAUAAUGCUUCAGUAUUGCAAUGUGGUUUCGAAAAUAUGACUUUUAAGACCAUCAGAGCAAAUCAAAAUCUCAAAAUUAAGCAAUGUAAAUUUGAAAAUUGUAAUUUAAAAGGCAGAUCAAAUAUCACUCAAUCAUUGUUCGACAAAACACGACUCAUUAAUUGUAAUGUGAAUGGAUGUGACAUGAGCAAUCUUGAUUUGAGAGGAUCUUUUUUUGAAAAUGUGACAGAUAUGAAUUUCUCAAACACGAAUCUUGAAGGAUGUUCAUUCAAACAAAUCAUUCUUCAAAAACUGAAAUUUAAUUCCAAAACAACUCUUUCAGGAUGUAAAAUGGAACAAGUUGAUUUGAGUGGUUGUAAUUUAAGUGAAUACAAUCUAAGCAAAUGCUCCUUUGUGGGAUGUGAGUUUUCAACAACCAUCCUUCAAAACACCAACUUUUGUGGUUCCUCUUUCAACAAUUGCUCAUUCAAACAAGUGGAUUUGAGAACAAUUAUUUUGGACAAUAAUACUCGUGCCACACAAUGCAACAUGCAACAAGUGGAUCUCUCUGGACAAAAAGAUGUGAAGAAUUUUGUGAUGGGUGGAAAUUCAUUCACAAACUCUAAUUUGAGUCAUUGUGAUCUCAGUAACACUGUUUUGAAAGGAUGUUCAUUUACUCAAUGUCAAUUGAAAGGCACAAACUUAAGCUGUUGUGAUUUGAAUGCGUGUUCAUUCAAAGAGAUAGAAAUACGAGAGACAUUCAUUGACAAGACAUCCUUCUCUGGUUGUAAAAUGAUUCAAAUGAAUUUUAGUGGAAUGAAUUUGAAAGAAGAUUUGGCAACAUUCAGUAAUGCUGUUUUGAAUAGUUGUAAUUUCUCGUUUUGUGGUUUAUCGAACAGCAAUCUCUCUAAAUGUGAUUUGAGAAAUUCAAACUUUUGUGGUGCUAAUUUAAACUCAACUAAUUUCACAAACUCCAACCUUCAAAGUUGUUUGUUUGAUAAGGAAACAACUUUCAUUUCGACCAAAUUGGAUGGUAUUGAUUUCACAAAUGCCUCUCUGAAAGGAGUGAGACUGAAAGGCUAUUCUUUUGGUAAAACAAGCUUUUCAAAUUGUGACUUGACACAUUCGGACAUUAAUAAGUGCAUUUUCUAUGGUUGUAACUUUACAAAGACCAAACUUGACAAGACUUCAUUCAAAGAAUGUUCUUUCACAACAUGUUCCUUCAUUGAUGUGGAUUUGAGAACAAAUAUUUUGGACAAUAAUACUCGUGCCACACAAUGCAACAUGCAACAAGUGGAUCUCUCUGGAAGAAAAGAUGUGAAGAAUUUUGUGAUGGGUGGAAAUUCAUUCACAAACUCUAAUUUGAGUCAUUGUGAUCUCAGUAACACUGUUUUGAAAGGAUACACUUUUGUGAAAUGUCUUUUAGCAGAAACAAACUUUUGCAACUCUGAUCUUUCUGAUUCAGUGUUCCAAGAAGUGAAUUUGAAAACUAUUAUCUUCAAUGAAAAUACCAAAAUGAAAGCUUGUAAAUUGAUUCAAUCGGCUCUACCUUCCUCAACAUCAUUAGAUCUUUCAAACUCAACUUUGAACAAAUGUGAUUUACGUGAAAGUGAAUUCAAACAAGUGAAUUUCUCUUCAUGUAGUUUUAAUGAUUGCCAACUAGACAGCACAACAAUUUUCAAUUCAUGCGUUUUGACAGAAGUGAAUUUUGAUAACAAGAAUUUGAAAGGAGUGAGUUUUGAGAACAGUAACAUGUCCAAAAUGUCAUUUCACAAGACUUGUCUACAAGGAUGUAAUUUGAGUGGUUGUGAUUUGAGUGACAGCAACGUAAAAGAAUGCGAUAUGAAAGAAUGUAUUUUGAAGGGCUCCAAUUUACAGAAUUCCAUUUUCGAACAUUGUAAUCUCACUGGGUGUGACAUUCAGAACGCUAACACUCAAGGAAUGAAAAUUUCAAAUUGUCAAUCGGAGAAUGUAUUCAGUUCUAGCAAUAUAUUGAAUUCAGCACAAGCAAUUUUCUCAAUUUCAUCAACUCUCAAAUUGAAGAAACCUGUUUCUCAAUGUUCACUUUUAUAUCGUGGAAGCAGAGAUGGAUUCACUGCACAAACAUUUCAUUCUCGAUGUGAUUCAAAAUCACCAACUCUCACAAUUAUCAAAUCACAACACAAUCAAAUCUUUGGAGGUUUCACAACACAAACAUGGAAUCAUACUGACGAUUGCAAACCUGAUUCAGAAGCAUUUAUUUUCAAAUAUCAUGAUUCAACAUGCACUUUUGAAAUUUUACCUGUGACUAGACCUGAGAAGGCUAUUUAUUGCCAUUCCUCUUACCUUGCAGUGUUUGGGGGUAUUAGUAUUACAGACAAGUGUAAUGAAAAUAUGAAUUGUUGCAAUUUAGGAAGAAGUUACAGCCUUCCUGAAUCCUUGAAACAACAAAACUUGAAAUAUAGAGAUGCUCAAGUUCAAUCUUAUUUAGCAGGAUCCUACAAAUUCAAAGUUUCAGAAAUUGAAGUUUACCAAGUUUAG